GCAGAAGUUUAAUCCGUUGGUACACGCGGAAGCGAACACACGUAUCACCUCAUCCUUCGCCAGCAGCUGUUUCUCGCCCUUUCCAAGCCCCCUUUACCCCCUCACGGUGCUCCCCGGCUCACCAAACUAUCCAAACACGAACUGAAGACCCUCGUGUGGCUGUGAUUUGCCCUGUGCUGAAGACGAGACGAAAAUACAGGGACUCACGCACGCACUCAGUCCUUGUUCCUCUUGGUUCUCGGUCCGUUCACCUCGUUGGCUAUUCUACAAGCUCUCCUGAAGACUGAUAUUCGAUUAACUGUCUGAGAGAGAGGGAGGGAGGCAGACAGGCCCUCUCCCCCCACACCCUCGCACCACCCUGGACUAUGGACGUCAGGGGGCUGGUGGGGGCUGAGUCGCCGAAGAACAAAAACAAACUGGUCGCCGACGCUCGCCGACCCUUCUCCGACCACGCGCCGACCUCUCUCAGCGUGAUGUGAGGAUGAUGUGCCCUAGAUUACGAGUUGGUGUUCCUGCGUCCUGGUGCCUGCUCCUCCCCUCCCGCCCCCUCCUUCCUCUCUCCUCGCCGCGAUGACUGCCAGAGAGAAAGCGAAGAACAAUAAGUUGGAGUUCUUUCUGAAGAAGAACUUCCACCCCAGCGUCUACAAUAACAUAAGGCUGUACGAGGCUGUCAUCGUUCGCUCCGGCAACUCCCUGUCGUACAAGCAGGCGGUGGUGACAGGGGAGGACGUGUACCUGACGGAGACGCCCCCACGCACCCUCACGCACCUCCUGCAUGCCUCCCACAUCACCCACGUCAGCCUGGUGCACGACUUGCCCGAGUUCCUGCGUGGGGGCGUGAGGGACCAGACGACCCACAUCCUGCUGAGGUACCGCCCGUCCACCGCCUCGCUGGUCAAGUUGAAGCUCUCCUCCACGCCCUCCCAACCAAGCACGUCCUGCAUCGACGAGGAGAGCGAGGAUGAGGACUCGUUCAGCCAGGCCACGGAGGUCCUCGCCAAGGCCGCCCACGACACCGCCAGCGUGUGCAGCGAUCCCCUCACCGCCUACCACGCCCUGACGGACCCCCUGCCGGAUACCUCGCUGGACCCCUUCUCCUUGAGCAGAGAGUCGCUCCUGCCCCGAAGGAGUUCUUCCCACCUGCACCUGCCCACCAGCCAUGAUCAAGUGUCUUCUCUAAGCCGUGCCAAAUCUCCGUCCUCAGAACUAGCUCAUGUGUUUGACGACCACUCCCACUCGCCCAUGAUAGCAGACAUUCUUAGCAGAGUGGGUCAACAGAUCACAAGGUCAACCACUCCGGACACUCUGCCGCGCACCAAGAUGUCUCGGUCCCUUAGCGCCCUUGAGACGUACCACCGCUCCUCCCCCCUUGCCCUGGAGCUGCCCACAAGAAGCAAGAGUGUCCUGGAUAAGCCCUCGCAUGGGCCGCCACCCCAACGAAGCCAGAGUCUGAACCUCACCGAUGUGACGGACGGGAAGGACGAUGAGAAGGAAAUCCACCUCUACACACUCUCCACCUCCACCCUCCUCUUCCACCUGCUCCACUCGCUCUGGGUCUCCUCCUCCCUGGUCACUACAGUCAAGCCGGACAGGAUAAAGCAAGGGUUCCCAGAGCUUUCAAGUGAGCACGGCCUGGAACACGCCUUUGGGCAGCUACAAGUACAGCUGAUGAGGAGCACAACACUGGAGGACAGGUUUUCCAUGCUACAAGAACUCCAGGAAGGCGCCAGAAAAUUUCCCACUGUCAAAAGACUUGUGUGGAGGGAUUCAGAAACAAUAAAGAUCAUGGGAAAGUUUAUUAAGAGAUAUAUGAGGAUGUCGAGCACUUCCCUGGGAGAACAGGACGUGGAGGAGCAACUACAGGAGCGGCAAGACGAGCUGGAGCUGUUGAUAAUGACCCUGGAGACCCUGGCGCUGUGUCUGCAGGGAACGCAGCAGUGCCCCUCCAAGAUCAAGGUGAUGCAGGAGAGCAAGUUUGAGUGCCUCUGGACACUGAUAACAGAGGCCAUGAAGACACCGGAGCUCCCUGGCACGUAUAAACUGACUGAGCGCUGGCUGACGGACUUCCGAGAGCUGUCGUCACGUGCCUGGGAGAACCUGCCAGAGAGUGAGCUGCUGAAAUUGGUGCAGGAGGUGCUGCAUGCCAGUGCCUGCGCCCUGUAUGAGCUGCUGAACUGUGUUAAUGAGCUGACAUGGGCGUGUGGGACUCAGGCGUGUCUUCAGGAGAAUGUGCCCAGUCUGACGGCUUUUCUUCAGCAUGUGUCUGUGGAGAGCUGGCUAUUCUAUGCCGUGCCACAGAUGCUGUCACUGCUUCAGCCUGAUGGUGGUGGCACAGCGAGUGGGUGCGACGCGGCACUCAUCCACCAGUACACCACCGUCCUGGCCAACCUCAUCCACCACAACCCACGCGCCUUGCAGUACUGCAUCACAACUUAUGCAGAGGAACUAAGGUAUUUCGUGCAGGAGUCUGUGGUCAGCAGUCGGCUGGGGGAAAACUGUCCCAUACGCCCUCACACCCUCAAAGUGGUUCGUCUUAUAGCUCAGCUGAUGCGGUCCAAGAAUGCUCUUCGGGACAGAUGAGAACAGACACAAUACUCGGCACUCUCACCCAUCACGCUAACGCUAAUCACCACUCCUGACGUUAUGUCCUUAUGAAUGAUUGAAGGUUUCUUCCAAUACAUCAAAAUUCAUUCCCAAACCAUUGUGCUUCAGUGUAGACUCAUUUUCAGCGUGCAGCUCUCGGCCUGACAUUUAGUUUGAUGUUAUUACGAGUUACAUAAAUGUGAUAUUAUGCUACGCACAUGCACUUGUUCAACAUUGCCAAAGAUUACUACUGUGAAUGCCUUUCCCUAGAAGUGUUUCAUGGUUAUAUAAGAUUUUAAUAAGAGGCAAAGUACUAUUCUAUUGAAGUAUAUACAGCUUAUAUAUUACCGAUAAUACUACUAUGUGAAUAAUUCUUAAGUUUACCGUAUCUACCCUUCAUUGUGUAGUACAGUGGGGUUGUGGAAAGUGCAAGAAUUUGAUGAAUAGGCGAGCUUGUGUUAUUUUCAAUUUUAGCCAUUUAAUCCUGUGAGCUGUGCUAUGCCUGCUGCUCAUAAAACUGUUUCUCAGCAAUUUUGUCAUUUUGGUCAGUGGCUUGUACUGUUUGAGACCUGCUUGUGCUACUGGGUAACUUUAGGUUGAAUAUUUUGUUGCUCAUGCUGCUUAUACUAUUCAGGACCCUACUGUACACAGAGAUAUGCCUAACACUAUCCAUUCAGCCUAUCUGCUUGGCUACUCUCCUUAACUCUUAAGAAAUAACCAAGAGUUGCUAUCUCACCAUAAUCUGGUUCAUAAGUAAUCCCAAAGAUAUUUGUUCAGAUUCAUCAGUAUGGUUGAUGUUUUAUGAAGCAGAGUGAAGGUCCUCAUUCACUGGGUUGCUGCAAUACUAAAUGGCCUGUUUUGUGCUGCUACAAGCAAGGGCUUUUCUCGCAAUUCUAUAAAUGCCUUGCAUACGUCAGAAUUUUAUGAUACCUCCUUUAUGUAUAAACAUAGUACAAAGUGAAUUGAGAAGUCUUUAAAGACAUUUACCUUGAAGCAGAAAAACUGCAAGGUAGGCCUCAAAACUUCUCUUUAUGUAUGUUUUAUGUAGGAAGACAUGUUGAUCUUUUCUGUUUUCACUUACAGUCAACAUCAGGAUCGAGAGAUACAAGGUUGGCUCACUUCUAAGAGGGUGGCAGACAGGCUCCACCCAGACAAUGUCCAAGUCAGUGGUCCUUGUAAGCUCUCAAUCUUGGUGUGCGUGUCAUAAAACAUGGAAUUGUAUCGUAAACAUUGUUGCUUGGCUGACAUGCCAGUAUAUUCAGGUAAAAGCUAUAUAUUAACACCGGUAGUGCCUAACAGACCUUUUGUAAUGGUGUGUAUGUGUAUAUGAUUGUGUAUGUCAAUGUGUAUAGGUGUUUUCAGUAGUGUCACUGACAACUCAAACGAGAGUUAACAGACACAAAUGGGAUCAAACUUCCUCCGUGACGUGUUUGCCCAAAAGGCAAACGCCAGCAAAUGCCAGCAAACGCUUUUCAUCGCCCAAUCAGCGAGUAGGUAUAAUCACAGCACACAGCAGCCAAGUUCCCGUAGGAGUGUUUUGAAUAAAAUAUAGAAUAUAAUGCUCUUUGAGACCAAGAAAGUUGGUGUUGUAUAAAGAAAUAUUUAUUUUGUAGUUAUUUCAUAUUAAAAAGAACCUGAAAAUGACAUAAGGCAAGGGAAAGAAGGGAAAAUGCUGCGUUUCCUGAUGACAUUUUGCAUUUUUUUGACCGCUAGGCAGCAUUGUCAGACUAAUUCAUGGCUAUGACUUUAAUCCCGUAGCAAAGCUGUUUUUCAUAUGUUGGUGCGUUUCUUGCACCAUCUCUUAACAUAAUCAUCAUGUGCAGGCGAGGAAAUAUAUAUUUUUUGCAAUAUUAUAGUUGACAUCAAGAUAAAUCAAGGGGAAAAUUAGAGUUGGCUCUGAACUCAUACAUGCGAACUGUAAACACAACUCUUCCCACCGAGAAUUCAUCUGCUGCUGGAUGAGGGGCAUAUACAAAGGAUUAAGCACAGGUGAUCUGUUGUCAUCCUCUAGGAAUAAAACGUCGAAUUCCUCCAUCUUCCUACUUCCAACAGUAUGCACUCUUGAGUACUUGGGUCUGAAGAGUGAUGUAUACACGAGCUACUCCCGGGCGGUGGCUCUUGUCAUCUAGCAGCGAGGCUGUAAUUCGUGUUCAGUAAAAAUGCUGUUGUAUGCGAUCGUUUGACUUGGUGACACUACUGAAAACGCCUUAUGUGAGAUUGUGAGUGUGUGUGCUGCUGUGGUUCCUGCUGACUCAGACACCUGCUGAGAAGAGGGAAGUCGAGUAAAAGUUUACAAACCUUUUUUUAAACAUUUAUGUGUAGUUUGAUGUAAGAUUAUUAUAUGACUUAUUUUAAGUGGGUUCAUUGAUCCAUUCUGUAUUCUUACACUACUAUUAUUUUUUAUGGCUCCCCAAGGUUUCAGUUAUGACUUUCACCUUUCUUCCACUGUGUUCAUAGAACAACCUGGCCACGAGGCCGCACUGACUUGUGUUGUGGUGGUGCCCGGGUCAGUCAAGGCCUGGCACCCCUGUUGUCCCUGUGUACAUAGUGUUUAGCUCUCUGCUGAACCAGUAAAAUGAAACAAAGUGUA